GAAGAGUAAGAGAGUGUAGGCGGACUCCAAACAGAGAGAGAGAGAGAGAGAGAGAGAGAGAGAGAGAGAGAGAGAGAGGUGAUUGUUUGUCUGUGUGGAAUGAGAUAUCGUAGAAGCAGUCUCUGCCCUGACUCCUGAACAGCCCUCUGCCUCUGAAGCUAAUAUAAGGAGUCUUGCUUUUAUAACCAAAAUCAGAAACCCUGAACUGGCUCCCAGCCUCUUUUUCUGCCCUAAGCAAAGGAAUCAACAAGCAGCAGCUUCCUGUGACCAUGCUUGGUGGGAUGGAGAUGAGGACCUGGAUUGAGCCUGUUGUUGCCGGGGCUCAGCUUGCAAGCUCUUUCUACGACACCGGGCUGCUUCUAGUGGUGAAGAACUACUACAACCAGACCAACUCCUCGGCUCACUCCAACGAGAAUUCUCAGCAGAAAGCCAUCUCCAACUUCUUCAUCAUCUACAAGCUUCUUGACGGCUUGACGCCGCUGCUGUCGGCUUACGGCCUGGCUAAGCUGGGCGACCUGAAGAGCAGGAAGAUCUCCAUCUGCGUGCCUCUCCUGGGCUAUUUGCUCUCCCGGAUCCUGCUGCUGCUCCUCAUCCUGCAGAUGUGGCCCAUCGAGGUGAUGUAUGGGGCUGCUGUGUUGCACGGACUGUCUGGAGGCUUCACCACAUACUGGGCCAGCGUCAUGGCUCUGGUGUCUAAGGGCUCUUCCGAGAACAGGCGAUCGCUUCGCCUCAUCGUCGUCGAGCUCAUCUACGGCAUAGCCGGCUUUGUGGGGAGCAUCGCUUCUGGGCAUCUCUUUGUCAGCUUCCACCUCAGCUACCGCCAUGGCGCAGUCCUGGUUUCUUGCAGCGUUGCCUUAUAUGCUUUCUGUCUCCUCUACAGCCUCUUUGUCCUCAGGGUCCCCAAGACUGCAAGGUCUUGUCCUCUUGCGUCCACAGAGCCAAACCAUCCGGACAUCAAGCUGGCUGAGGAUGAUGGCGGAGAGCCUCACUUCCACGAGAGUCGCUCCUCUAUGGUACCUUCCAAGCUCAUCAUUGCCAUGCUUUUUGUGGCCGCCAUAAUGUAUGACUCAACUGUGGUGGGAGCCAUGGAUGUGCUGCCAUUUUUUCUCCUGAAGGAGCCCCUGAGCUGGGGGCCGGUAUAUAUUGGCUAUGCCAACGCUGCUGGGUUUCUGAUCUUUAUCACCAGUUUCCUGGGAGUUUUUAUGUUCUCCAGGGUUUUCAGAGACACCACCAUGAUUAUGAUGGGGAUUGUGUCUUUCUCAGUGGGCAUCCUCAUCAUGGCCUUUGUGCAAUGGACGUACCUGUUUUACGUUGGUGAGUAGAGCCAUCCUAACUCAGUGGGUUUACAUAUUGUGCUUGUAUUCUGAUGUCCCUUGUGAAUUCUUAGUAUGGUUUACAUGAGGUACCCAAGAUCCUCUUUAGGCACUGACCGGGCAAGUCAAAUUCUGAGUUGAUAAAACCUCAAGUUCUGAGACUUUUAUAAAUUUUAGAGAUUCACACAAUAGUAUAUUGCACACUUCUUCUAGGUUUGACGAAGGAGCUGUGCAGGCCCUCAGAGCAUCACCACCAGCUAUUGGCAGUCUUGCCCACCCAUCCCUCUCGCUUUUGCGAUUCCAUCAGGCAUUAACCAUACACUCCCAAGCAUGCCUUGAGUAAUCAUGAGGGCUAGUAACUCUAAAGCUAAGGUUGCCAUGAUCCCAGAUUCUGCCUCCAAUUCUGUCCUGCAUUGUGGGGAGGUGCAGCAUUAAUUCCCGUAUGCAGCAGAAUAAGGCGAUAAAAUAUAUAUUCAUAUUAUUUAUUAAAUUUGUAUACCGCCCUAUACCCGUAGAUCUCAGGACAGUUCACAACACGGAAGUGUUUCCCAGGUCAGAUUGCAGGUUGGGGAGCAAACUCCAGCUUUUUGCCGACACUGAGCAAAAAAUAAUAACAAUAAUAUAAAAGAAUAUAAAGGGAAAGUGAAAAGAGAAAGAGUACAUGUUGCAUUCAUUUGAUGCAUGCAGGAAGUUGUGAUGUAGCGUGGGUGACAGGCUGCGCUGCACUGAUAAUGGGCAUCGUCAGCCUUGGUGGAAGAAAAUAUCCUUGCUUGUUAUGUCUCUCUGAAGAUCUCGGAGCAAAACAUGUGGGUGUAGCUGAGCCAAACCUGUUUCCAAAGGGUAUUGCAUAGCAACCACAAACCAUGCACUCAUUCUGGUAUUCUGCACUACGUUGGCAGAAAGCUAUUAAUACCUUCCUCAGAAGUGUUGCUCAAUGCUUAAAGGUGCUUCCUUGUCCUCCCAUUCCAGUUCAACCUGUAUUGUUCCAUUUUUGCACACCUGUGGGACUGUGUAUAUCUGCUUUUCCUGACCUGGUGCUGUCCAGCUGUUUUGAUCUACAACUCCCAUUACCCUUGACUACUACUAGUCAUGCUGGCUCAAGUUGGUGGGAGCAUUAAUCCAAAACAUCUGGAGGCUGCCAGCUGUUUGCCGGGCUACAAUCAAUAACAGGCUAUUGUUCCAAAUGCGGGAAGCAGAGCAGAGUUAGAAGACAUUUCCUGGUAGAAAGUUAAUGUUUGCAAGAUUCCCAGAGCGUUUACCUGACGGAAGAGAUCUUACAGCACAAUCGUCUGCAUGUUGACUCCGGUGUUGGUCCCGCUGAGUGGGGCUUACUCUCAGAAAAGUGUGUGCAGGAUUGCAGCCACAAUUAAAUAGGCUUUAAUAAAUGAAUGCGCUGGUGGCAGAUAUAUAAAAGGUCACACAAUGUUUUCAUAGAAUCGUAGAGCUGGAAGGGGCCGCAAGGGUCAUCUAGUCCAACCCCCUGCAAUGCAGGAAUCUUGUGCCCAACAUGGCGCUCAAACCCACGUCCCUGAGAUCAUGAGUCUCAUGCUCUUCCAACUGAGCUAUCCAGUGAGGAAAUGCAAGGAUACCUCCUUUUUAGAUUAUGCACAUGUGCGCAAUGUUCAGGGAUGAUGGGAGCGUAGUCCAGAUUAACAUCUGUAGUGCCACAGGUUCCCUGACCCUGCCUUAAGAUGAGGCAGUCCUUUGUAGGAGAGAACAAAAAAAAGUGACAAGGUGAUGCUUGCCAUCUUCAGCUUUUAUUGCAGAGAAUCCUUCCAACUCCAGAAUUCUAUGAUUUUACAGGGUGGGGAAGGGGUUAUUGCUUUGUUUUGGCUUUAUUCCUGUUUUUAUUACGUAUUUUGUGUUUUCAUCUUGUAUUUUUAUGUUGUAAAACGACCCUGAUAUCUUCAGAUGAAGGGCAUCUACUACUACUACUACUACUACUACUACUAAUAAUAAUAAUAAUAAUAGUGUACAAGCCAACUUUUUAGUUUGACUAUGAUGAUAAAGGGGUGUGGGUGGCGCUGUGGGUUAAACCACAGAGCCUAGGACUUGCCGAUCAGAAGGUCGGCGGUUCGAAUCCCCGCGACAGGGUGAGCUCCCGUUGCUUGGUCCCUGCUCCUGCCAACCUAGCAGUUCGAAAGCACGUCAAAGUGCAAGUAGAUAAAUAGGUACCACUCUGGCAGGAAGGUAAACGGCGUUUCCGUGCACUGCUCUGGUUCGCCAGAAGCGGCUUAGUCAUGCUGGCUAUAUGACGCGGAAGCUGUAUGCCGGCUCCCUCGGCCAAUAAAGCGAGAUGAGCACCGCAACCCCAGAGUCGGCCGGGACUGGACCUAAUGUUCAGGGGUCCCUUUACCUUUACUUAUGAUGAUAAAACAUUGCAGGCCUUCUUAAAAUAAUUUAAAGAAUACCACCUGACUAGGGGUGAAUGAAUGAAUGAAUUCACUCCUAAAAUUCAUUCAUUUACCUGACUAGAGCUGACUAGAGCUGCUCCUGCAAGAGCUUAUUCACACAGGCAUGCCUGUCAUCUGAUGACAUUAUCAGUUAAAUGAUAAUUUGGCUAUGUGGACCAACCCCCUCCCCACCGGUGAAUCACACCUUAGAAUCAUAGAAUGGUACAGUUGAAGGGACCCCGAGCAUCAUCUAAUCCAACCCCUUGUGAUGCAGGAAUAUGCAGCUGUAAACAAUCACAGCACUUAACUCCCAAAUGGGCCCACCAGCUCCAAGUGGAGCUUGCCACCAUGCAGGAGCGUUGUUUUUUUCUGGCAGCGGUCCUGGCGCUGAAAUAUCUGGGAAGCAAAAAAAUGAAUGUGUCUGAAUCAAAUCCAAGCCCCACGUUGGGCAAAAGAUGCCUGCAUUGCAGGGGGUUGGACUAGAUGACCCUUGUGGUCCCUUUCAACUUUACAAUUCCAAGAUUCGAAGUCCAGCUUCUUAUGCCUCAGAGGAGGAGGAGGGGCUUUGCAGGAUAAGCCAGCACAAUUCUCCCAGCAUUUCACAUGGGCCUUGGGGUAGGCUUGGCAUGUUCUGCCUGAAGAUCCCUUAAUUCAUCACCAUGCUGGAAUCUGAACCGAAUCUGAAGCUUCUAGCUUGUGCAGCCUAGGACCCACGUACCUACAGGACCUCCUGGUAUGCCCCGCGGAGGACCUUAAGGUCCACAAAUGACAACAUUUUGGAGGUCCCAGAUGGCAAGGUGGUUAGAUUGGUCUGAACUAGGGCCAGGGCCUUUUCAGUACUGGCCCCAACUUGGUGGAACGCUCUGCCACAAGAGACUAGGGCCCUGCGGGACUUGACAUCUUUCCGCAGGGCCUGCAAGACAGAGCUGAUCCGCCUGGCCUUUGGUUUGGACUCAGUCUGUGGGAGUCAUAAAGCCACGGCAGAGGCUUGUAUUGCUGCAUGGUGCCUGCUGACCUCGGUGACCUGCAUGUCCGUGCCUUGCAGUGUAUUAAGUGCAUAACCUUAUAUGGAGUUAUGUUCCCCCUCUGGGCAGUAAUUACCUUAUAUGGCGAUGGGUGGGUAAAAGCCACGACCGGAUGAGGUAACAUGAGACACUGGCAAACGGCCAUGCGACAGGGGAGAACAAAGGAGAAUAAAAUCGGAGGAGAGUGGUCGAAGGAGCUGCUCAUACCGUCCUGAAAAUAUUGCUGGCUCUCUGUGUCUUUUUUCAAAUGCUAAACAGCGCCAUUUGUGACGGCUGGCUUCCGUCAUCAGUCUGACUCUUAUGUUUCCUUCCCCUUAUGGUCUUGAUUUAUUGACUACUUUUAAAAUGAGGCUGCAUUUUAAAAUGCAUUUUAACCUGUAUUUUAAAUUGGUUUGUGUUCCACCACCCCCCAUUAUGUUUUUUACUGUGAUUUCAUUGGUGUUAGCCUCCCUGAGCCCAGCCCUGGCCAGGGAGGGCGGGGUAUAAAUAAAAGUUGUUGUUGUUGUUGUUGUUGUUGUUGUUGUUGUUGUUGUUAUUAUUAUUAUUAUUAUUAGCUUGUGCUUUUUAAGCUUUAACACGUGCACUACUUCAACUGCAGGGACGCAGGUGGCGCUGUGAGUUAAACCACAGAGCCUAGGACUUGCCAAUCAGAAGGCCGGCGGUUCGAAUCCCCGCAACGGGGUGAGCUCCCAUUGCUCGGUCCCUGCUCCUUCCAACCUAGCAGUUCGAAAGCACGUCAAGUGCAAGUAGAUAAAUAGGUACCGCUCCAGCAGGAAGGUAAACGGCGUUUCCGUGCGCUGCUCUGGUUCGCCAGAAGCGGCUUAGUCAUGCUGGCCACAUGACCCGGAAGCUGUACGCUGGCUCCGUCGGCCAGUAAAGCGAGAUGAGCGCCACAACCCCAGAGUCGGUCAUGACUGGACCUAAGGUCAGGGGUCCCUUUACCUUUACCUUACUUCAACUGCUAGGCAGUGGAAGUUUGGUCUGAUGAUUACAUGAACCCUCUCCGUUCCAUUCUCUUCUGCUCCAGCCCGUGGUGUGAUGUUGUUUGCCCUCAUUCCCUUGCCGACCAUCAGAUCUUUGCUGUCGAAACACAUAGAAGGAACUUCCUAUGGUAAGUUGCUGCUUUGAACAUCUUGGCAUUGUUCAUUUAAAUGCAAAAAAAAAAAAGUUUACUUAUUUCGUUCAGAAUAAGGCUAUGAAGACAAGACACAUUUCUAUCAUUUUGUGUAGUGGAUCUAAGGAGGAUAGAUUCCCUCGCCUCCAUCUUUCAAAUAUGAUCAUCGUACAUGACAUGGGUGAUUGAUAGAUUAACUUAAUGGUGCAGGCAUCUAACUUGGAGCAGACGGAAUUAAUGAAGGAUCUCUAAGCAAGCUGCCUGAUGGUACUAGAUGCUAAAGCCAGACUUGGUUCCUUUAAAAAAAAAAAAAAUGCUUGUAUUAAAGAUUUUAUUGGGUUACAAAAUCCAUUGCCUGCUGACCAACAGAGAGUCUCCCCCUCCCCUAAUAAGUAGCACUACGUACUAGCAAAUGUAUUGUUACAAAAGUUGGGUGCCAUCCCCACUCUCUCCCAAACAAUAGCAAGAUCCCAGGGGGUUCCAGGCACUCACCCCAGGUCUGUGUUCCUUUGGAGAAUUAAGACAUGGUGGAGACUGUCGUAGCUUUUUUAAAAAAAGAAAUGGCUUGUUCACCUGUUUACACCUUCAGUCUGCAUGGAUGGGUUUCAGGUCUUACAGCAUGGUCAUUUUAAGAGGGGCUUGUCCCCCACAGCAGUGCAGCCAGCCUUCAGCUGGCCUGCCCAAGAUGGAUCCCAGUCUUUUCUCUCUCUUCUUCCCAGAACACCUUGUUCAAAAACACUCUUUUCCUGUCACCUCAAACACACAGCCUUGGCAACACCUGUCUCUCCAGGCCAAAGGAUUCCUCUCAGGUGGUCCAUUGACCCCUUUUAUCAUGAUAAGAGAUCUGCUGUUUGCAAGGCCAGCCAGGCUAUUUUGCAUAAUCCAGCCCAGGAAUUCCUUGUCUGGCACAGUUCUGAAGCUUGUACUUUCACCCAUACCCCAAUUAAUUAAAAUCAUACCAUUUAUCAAUUUUUUAGGAUUUAAGCCCCCCCCCCCCCCAAUCUAUAAUGGUACUGUGCCCGGGUUUCUUUUACAGCCACUUUUUGGGCUGCAAUAAAUUCUGAACUCCCAUCUGCUGCAAGGUAGCAGAAAUAAGCUGUUUAUUAUUUACCGGCUCACUUUUCAGAAGCCAAAAGAAAUGCGAUUUUUAAAAGCCCUUAAUUACUCAGGGGCUCUUUAACUCACUUUCAGCAUGAUAUAUCUCCAUCUUGGCCAUCUUUUAAAAAUUUAGAAAGCUUGGAAAGUGAUAAAUAAAAAGCAAAGCUGUUGAAAGUAGUUGUUGAGUGUUAUUUUAUUGUGUUCCACUUCCACUCUUGUUUCUAGGAAAGGUGUUUGUCUUGCUGCAGCUUUCACUGGUGAUCACAGGUGUUGUGACCUCAGCUGUCUAUAACAAGAUCUACCAAAACACCUUGGAGUGGUUCAGUGGGUUCUGCUUCCUGUUGUCAUGUGGCGUAGGAUGCCUGAGCCUCAUCCCUAUCAGGUAAGCAAGGCAAAAGGUAAACUGCUAUUCUGACAGCCUGCCCUUUCAAGAGGAUUGUUUUUGUAUCUGUGUGUGGCUCAUAAAAACUCUUUUAUUUGAUCAGGGGUUUUAUUGAACUUUUAGCUCUUGUUUAUUAUUCUAGGUCUGCUCUGUGUUUCUGUGUGUAAUUGGUAUCUUUCAGUAGGCUUGCUGUUUUCAAAACAAUUACCGUAUUUUUCGCUCUAUAAGAUGCACCAGACCACAAGACGCACCUAGUUUUUGGAGGAGGAAAAACAAGAAAAAAAAUAUUCUGAAUCUCAGAAGCCAGAACAGCAAGAGGGAUCGCUGCGCAGUGAAAGCAGCAAUCCCUCUUGCUGUUCUGGCUUCUGGGAUAGCUGCGCAGCCUGCAUUCGCUCCAUAAGACGUACACACAUUUCCCCCUUACUUUUUAGAAGGGAAAAAGUGAGUCUUAUAGAGCAAAAAAUACGGUAGUUUUGCCUGUUUUAGAAGUGAUUUUUUUUUCCAUAUAGAAAGUUACAUUUGUUACUCAACAAUUAUAUUCCAGUUCAACAAAACUAAUAACUUCCUGCUCGCCCAACAUCAAUGUUCAUAACCCAAAUUGCAUACAAUUGUGUUUUAAGGGUCUGUCUUAUCAAAUUUCAUCCUCUCCAACAUGUUUCUUAAUACGUUCUGCUAUUUUCUUACAUUUCAAACCCUGCUGUGGCCUUCAUGUAUGGGAAACAACUUUUUAUAAAGACUAGAAAAGAUUCCCAGUCUUCUUUGAAAUAUUCUUUUAUCAGAAGUGAUGAGAUAUUGAGAGGGGCACAGAGUGCUCCAGCAACUGCCCCAAACUUGGUACCUUCCAGCUCGCAACAUUCCCAGCCAUUGGUCUCAUACAAGUUGGGUUUGAUGUGAGUUGUCUUCAAGAAACAUAUUUCGGGGAGAGCUGCUUCAACUGCUAUCUGAGGACUGGAGGGAGGGGCAGGUUCAAAUCCUCACUCAGACAUGAAGCUUACUAGCCAAACUUUGGCCAGUUGCUAUCUCUCAGACUAACCUACUCUAUAAGGCUGUUGUAAUUGGAUCCCAGUACGUUUCCAAGCACAAUUCAAAGCAUUGGUGCUGACCUUUAAAGCCCCAGCCUUGGCCCCUUAUACCUGAAGGAGUGCCUCCACCCCCCAUCAUUCAGCUGGAAUCUGAGGUCCAGCUCCAGGGGCCUUCUGGCCGUUCCCUCCCUGCGAGAAGUGAGCUUACAGGGAGCCAGGCAGAGGGCCUUCUCAGUAGUGGCGCCUGCCCUGUGGAAUGCCCUCCCAUCAGCUGUCAAGGAGUUAAGUAACUAUACAGCCAUUAGAAGACAUGUGAAGGCAGCCCCGUAUGGGGAAGCUUUUAAUAUUUGAUGUUUUAUUACCGUAUUUUUUGCUCUGUAAGACUCACUUUUUCCCUCCUAAAAAGUAAGGGGAAAUGUGUGUGCAUCUUAUGGAGCGAAUGCAGGCUGCGCAGCUAUCCCAGAAGCCAGAACAGCAAGAGGGAUCGCUGCUUUCGCUGCGCAGCGAUCCCUCUUGUUGUUCUGGCUUCUAAGAUUCAGAAUAUUUUUUUUCUUGUUUUCCUCCUCCAAAAACUAGGUGUGUCUUAUGGUCUGGUGCGUCUUAUAGAGUGAAAAAUAUGGUAUGUUUUUCUAUUUGUUGGAAGCCACCCAGAGUGGCUGGGGUGACCAAGUCAGAUGGAUGUGGUAUUAUUAUUAUUAUUAUUAUUAUUAUUAUUAUUAUUAGCAGUAGUAGUAGUACACUCCUUCUAUCUGGGAUGGUCGUCCUCUUCCACCGAGCGCGCAGCUUCGGGAGGGACGCACAUGGAGCGGUGAGGGAGGAAGGGGACACCCGCCUAGCCAGCCAGAUCAGCCGAAUCAACCCUGGCGAUCAAUGGGGUGACAGAUGUCGCAGCCAGAUCACCCUCACAGUAGUAGCAGCAGCAGCAGCAGCAGUAUCUGCUUUGCUAAGCACCUUUGUGAGUUUUACAAGGUGGCAAUGGCUGGGUAAAUUGCUAAAUUGUGAGCAUUUGCCCUGUAUAGCGGGCUACUCUUGAAAUUUGGCAGAGGCUCCAUCAGCUUGUGUCCCAGACUAGCUCCCUAGUACAGUGGUACCUUGGGUCUCAAACUUAAUCCAUUCCAGAAGUGCAUUCGACUUCCGAAACCGUUCGAAAACCAAGGCGCCGCUUCCGAUUGGCUGCAGGAGCUUCCUGCACUCAAGCAGAAGCCGCGUCGGAUGUUCAAUUUCCGAGAAACAGCACAGUUUUGCAAGGAAGUCCACAAAAGUGAAAAGCUCUUUUUGAAGCAUGGGUUGCAUGGUUACCUAGAAGUCAUGCUGUAGCAGUGGAGUUCCUACACUGGCAAAGGGUUCCACUAGAGGAUCCCCCACACAUUUAUUUAUUGCCAGCCGGCCUAUGCGUGACCUCUUGGAGGCGAUUCUCGCUCAUGCAUACAGCUAGGCAACCGGCUGCAUAUGAGGUGUUACUUCUCAAUCUGCCAGCAGAUGGAGACACCUGCUACCCUUUUCUCAGCCACCGUGGCCAACGUUAAAGUCAUCCUCCACAGCAGAUUCUUGUGAGCUGGAGAACACCAUCCACACAUAAGGGAAAAGUUUGCAGAAGUACCAAAAUAAAAAAUGCUGAGGGUUGUUAGGUGGUCCAGUUCCCUUCACAAAGCUGCAGUCCCUGGGGAGAGGGAUUGAUUGUUGAACCACUCUGGUAACUGUAACUCUGUGAGAAUUGAGGUUGCCUAACAACUCUCAGAGGGACACGGGUGGCGCUGUGGGUUAAACCACAGAGCCUAGGACUUGCCAAUCAGAAGGUCGGCUGUUCGAAUCCCUGCGACAGGGUGAGCUCCCGUUGCUCAGUCCCCGCUCCUGCCAACCUAGCAUUUCGAAAGCACGUCAAAGUGCAAGUAGAUAAAUAGACACUGCUCCCGAGCACUGCUCUGGUUCGCCAGAAGCGGCUUAGUCAUGCUGGCCACAUGACCCGGAAGCUGUAUGCCUGCUCCCUCGGCCAAUAAAACAAGAUGAGUGCCGCAACCCCAGAGUCGUCCGCGACUGGACCUAAUGGUCAGGGGUCCCUUUAUCUUUUUAAACAACACUCAGCACCCUUAACAAACCACAGUGUGUCUGUUUAAAGUAUCAUCCUAGUGCUUUAAAUGUAUAAUGUGAGUGUGACCUUGUUGCAGGUCCCACUUCUCCCUAAUACUUUAUUUUAUAAGCCAUCUGGUCACUGAUUAUGCUACUUUGGUUUGGGCAAUAAUUUUUUUUUAAAGAUAUGACUUCCAAACAGGAAAAUUGUACAUUUCAAUCCUGUUCUUGGGAUUAAGAACAGGCACACCUAUCCCUUUGAUUUUACACAUCAAUUCCUCCCUGUGUUUUGCUUCUUUCUCUCUCCCCUGCAGUAUUAUAGCAUGGAAGCAAAAGGCACCAUCUGGUUCACUUGAGAUUUUGACGGACUGAGAGCAGAAGGAAGUGGCUGUACCUAUUUCAGAAGCAGACGUACAGAUCAAGAGCAUGACUUGAGGGGCCCAGCAGUUGGGUUGCUUGAAAGAUGGCCUGCGUCUUGCAAUUACCUGCAUGGAGAGAGAUGUUUGGUACUGUAUCUAUUGACUGGUCUCCAUAGCGUUUCAAGGGGAUGGUACUGCAGGUUAAAAUCAAGAUGCAACAAGUGAGACAAUUGGUAGCUACAGAAGAAGAGGUGGCAUUGUCACUGUAACAGGAUUCUCCUUCCACCCAAAACAGUUGCCAUCGCUAAUGCCAAUUCCCUCAUCUGCAUCACUCCAGCUCUGAAAGCAAAUGUCCUCCCCUCUGUAAGCAACAAGGGUCUUGCUACCCUCUUUCUAGAUAGAGCAGAACAUGCCACACUAGAGGCCUUCAAACAAAAGCAGGUCAGAAGCUCUCGAUUGCCCACACUGAGCAGUUGGGUUAGACUAUAUGGCUUCCAAUGACCCCUUCCAGCUCUAUUCAUCUAUCUCACUGAAGUCGCAGUAGCAUUUGAAGUCCAGUUCUGAGGGCCUUCUGGCGGUUCCCUCGUGGCCAGAAGUGAAGUUACCAGGCAGAGGGGUUUCUCAGCAGUGGCGUCCUCCCUGUGGAACACCCUAUUGUCAGAUGUCAAGGAGAUAAAGAACUCCACAACUUUUAGAAGAAUCUGAAGGCAGCCCUGUAUAGGGAAGUUUUUUUAAUGUUUGAUGUUUUAUUAUGUUUUUAUAUUUUGCUGGAAGAUGCCCUGAGUGGCUGGGGCAACCCAGUCAGAUGGGUGGGGUAUAAAUAAUAAAAUUGUUGUUGUUGUUA